AUGCAAGGGGGAGACCCCCGAGGGCUGGGGCCGUGGAGGGUCCCUGGGGUGCGUGCCCCUUCCUCCGCGUGUUGCUCUAUGGAAAUAAAGCACCGUCCGCUCUCCCACGCGUGUCUGCGCCGCAGGAAGCGCCGCCUGGCGAGGGGGGGGCCGGCGGGGCCGCACGUGCCGGUGGAGGAAUGCGGCGGGGCCGGCCCGGGGCGGGGCGGGGAGCGGCGGCGCUCGGCCAUGGGGCGCCCGGUGCUGCUCGCCGCUGCCGCCGUGCUGCUGCUGCUGCCACCGUCCAGGACAGGGGCCGCCGUGACCCGCCUCCGGGUCUCCGCCAACUUCGAGUGCCGGGCCACCGCCGACAGGACGCUGAGCCGCCCCCGCUGCCGCCGCCCUACCCGCCCCGUGCCGCCGCUGGAGCCGCCCGCCCUGUCGCUGAGCCCUGCCCGGCUGUGCCUUCCCGCGCAGCCCUGCCAGCCCUGCCUGCGGGUGCGCCUGGCCCUCCCCACCUCAGGUACGGGCGGGGUUGGCGAGGCCGGGCAUCCCCGCGGCAGGGGACACACAGCCAGUUCCCCCACCCAUGUCAGCACCCCACGCCGGUUUCUCGCAGAGCUCGGCGGUGUCCGGGGACUGCAGCUCACCUUCCUGGAGCUGGACUCCAACCGCGCUGGCUGGCUGCAGGUUUGGCAGCGACGCCGGGUGUUGGGCAGCUCAACGGUGAGUCUGCGGCCGGCAGUGGAGCGGGGCACACCAAGGCCCGGAGUCCCCCCGCUGACGCCCUGCUCCCCGCAGUGGCAGGUGCAGUUCGACUGCUUCCCGGCAGAGAGCGGGCGGCAAGUCCUCGUCUCCCUUCGCACCAUCCCAGAUCGGGGCUUGGCCCUAAGCUGCAGCCAUAUGGUCACCGCUGAGCCACCCGGUGAGACUGAAGGGGUUGGGAGGUGUCCUGGGGGGACACCGGUACCAGCUGACCCCUUGCCUGCUCUGCAGGGCCUGUCUUUACCCAUGCUUGGGUCCCUGAGGUUCGGGCUAUUGAGGUGUGGGUGCCCGCGGGUCCUGCCCUCAUGGUGCGGCUGUGCCACCAGCUGGCCCUGGAGUGUGAGGAGCUGCCCCGGCCCUUCCACCAGCAGGUGCUGGUGCCAGGAGGCCACCACAUCUCACUGCCGUAUGAGUUUCUGGUGCCCUGCCUGUGCAUUGAGGUGGGUUGCCCUCCCCCACAGCCACCAGAGCCCCUUCCUCUGCCCUUGCAUAAGGGGUGGGGGCAUAUCCUGCUCUGACCACCAUGCUCUGCUGCCCCAGGCCUCCUACUCCCACCAUGACAGCCCACGGAGCAAGCACUGCCCUUUCCGUGACCGGCCAGAUGCCUAUGGCCCCGAGCUGUGGUCCUCGGUGCGCUUUCAUGACUACAGCACCAGCAGCAAGGACCAGAUGGCGAUGGUGCUGAGUGCCAGCUGCCCCCUGCACCCACAGGCCACCCUCUGCUGGAGGGAGGCAGCAGAUGAGGCUGCACCCUGUCACGACAUCCCCAAUUCCACAGCUAGUGAGGAUGAGCAGGUGUACAUACUGGACAAGGUGGACGUGCACCCCGAGCUCUGCUUCCGAUUCUCCUACAAGAACAGCAGCCAUGUGGAGUGUCCCCACCAGCCAGAGACUGCCUGGAAUGUCUCAGUGAGUGUCCGGGGGUUCCAGCUGCACCUGCACCUCACCUCCCGCAUCCCUGCAGCCUUCAGUGCAGCCCUGUGCCAGCGCCAGGGUGGGCAGUGUGAACCCGAGGCCCCACUCUACACUGUCACACAGGCAGAGGGCUCUGCUCCAGGGGAGUUGGCGCUGCUGCUGCCAGUGCAGGUCCUGGGCAGCUGUGUGCUGGUGUGGCGCUCGGACGUGCAUUUUGCUCGGAAGCAGCUGCUCUGUCCUGAUGUCUCCCACAGGCACUUCGGGCUGCUGGGGCUGGUGCUGGCACUGGGACUGGUGGUGACUGUGCUGCUCCUCAACUGCCGUGGUGCCUGGAGGCCAAAUGAUGGUGUCCCUGGCAGGCGCCCCGUGCUGCUGCUGUACUCGCCAGACUCAGAGGAGCACCUGGGGCUGGUGUGUGCCCUGGCCCAGCGGCUGCGCACAGGGCUGGGCUGCGACGUGCGCCUGGACCUGUGGGAAGCAGGUGGCUUGGGUCAGGCGGGUGCCCUGCCUUGGCUCUAUGCCCAGCGGGGCCGUGUGGGCCGCCAGCGUGGCACUGUCCUCCUCCUCUGGAGCCGGGGCAGUGCCCGGCUCUUUCAUCAGUGGCAGGUCGGGAUCGCCGACGGGACGCCCGGGGAUGCCCAUGACAUUUUUGGGGCAGCCAUGGCCUGCCUGCAUGGGGAGCUGGGGGCGGCGGGCCGCGGCGGCGGGUGGGUCCUGGCAUACUUCAGCCGGCUCUGCAGCCCCCGCGAUGUCCCCCGCCCCCUUCGGCCACUGCCCACCUACCGCCUGCCCCGACAGCUGCCCGGUCUGCUGGGAGCCCUGCGGGGCAGCCCCCCGGCCCCUCGCCACUGCCGUUGGGGCAGGGCAGGGGGCCUCCUGCAUCGGCUGCUGGAGGUGGGGGCUAGGGAAGGCAGUCCCCCACCCCGGCCCCCCGGUGCAGCUUCUGGCACCUGAGUGCCCAGGCUGAGCCUGAGCUGGGCAUGGCUGCAGGGGGUGCAGGGCUGGACGCAGCCCCCCGGUGAGGGCAGGGGUUCUGCCAGGAAAAGGCAGGGCUCAGGUGAGCAUGUGCCCACUGCAGCGACAGGAGGGGCAUCCAUGGGUGUCCUGGGAGGGGCUGCGGGGGUCCAAGCAGGACUGGCCUCAGUCAUGCAGUGUACUGCUGGGGCCGGAGUGAGCAUCCAGCUGUCAUCUGUGGCCAGGAGCAGAGAUGCUGUCCCAAGCAGGGGCAGCUUUAUUCCCAUACAGGGACCUGCUCCAGAGGAGAGCUCAUAGAAGCCCCUUUGGAUGCUGCAGCCAAGCGAGGAGUUGGGAUGGUGCAGGAAGAAGCUGAGAGAUGGGGAGGCUUCCUUCCCUGCCCAGGCACAGGUGGCUAGAGAGGCCGGUGCUGAGCACAGCCUGGCCCUGCUCUUUGCCUCGACAUUGCCAGCAGGACUUGAUAUGGGGGGGAAGCAAUAAAGGUGUCAACCUGCCCUGUUGUCUCUCUGGUGUACGGGGGGGGGAUUUGUUGGUU